AUGGUUGCGAAACUCGGAGGCCCCCCCAAAGUGUUCCUCCUGGUAUGCUUCAUCCUACAGCACAUUGACGCAAUUCUGCACCUCAGUAACGGCCACGUGAAUCACGAAAAGGGAAGAAGUAAACUCAGCAUGAGUUUCAAGGGGAGGCAAGACAUUGUUACGGGGAAAAGAGGAAGCAGGUUCAGCGCUAGGGGAGACAAAUACGCAAAGCAAGAUGGGCAGAGAACAAAGUGGCGUUUCUGCGCAGGGGAGGUAUGGGAGAAAAAGCGCAAGUUCGGAUCGAGGCUGGCGAUGGGGGAGGCGGGCAAGGAGGAUACCCCCCCGGAGGAGGCAGUGCAGAGGGGUGGUGUGCAGAGGGAUGUUGUGCAGAGGGAUGUUGUGCAGAGGGAUGUUGUGCAGAGGGAUGUUGUGCAGAGGGGUGGUGUGCAGAGGGAUGGUGUGCAGACGGAUGGUGUACAGAGGGAUGUUGUGCAGAGGGAUGGUGUACAGACGGACGCUGUACAGACGGACGCUGUGCAGACGGAUGGUGUACAGAGGGAGGCUCAUCAAAAUGGGCGGGAUGGCAAACGCCUCGUCGCGGGGACAGACCAAGACGGGUCCGCGGCAGAAAGAGAAAAAAGACAAAGGCUUACAGAACACUUGCAAAAAGAACUGCUCACCAUCGAGUAUAUCGAUGAAGACAAUGAACGCAGCGAAGUUCAACUGAAGGUACACAUCAAAGGCAGUCUGAGGGAACACUACUAUGAUAUGUGCGUAAAACAGUAUAGGCAAAAUAAACUUAAGGAAAAUAAAUACGAAUAUGCCUAUUUGAAAGACGUACCAAUUAACAACUUAAUUAAUUAUAUUAAGAAAGAAGACUAUCUAGAUAUUUUCCUCAAGUAUGUGAAUGAUGACAUAAUUAGGGUUUAUCAAAAAAUGAAGAACCUACAUUUGAUUGGAUCCCCAAGACUUACAAAUAAUAUUAACCAUUUAACCAUUAACAAAUUUAACGAUGUGUAUUUAACUUUCUUAGUUGAUAAAUUUCCAAAAAUAAAAUUUAACAAAUCGUAUGUAGGGUUACCAAUGAAGGUAGAAAUUCCUCCUUACGAAAAAGGUAGCACUUUUAGGGAAUUCUUAAAGGUGAUAAAAAAUGAAAAGGAAAAAGAAAAUGAAGUUAUAAUAAAUGUAGAUGAAAAUCAUAAGGUGGAUUGGAAUGACGAUGUUUAUGUUAAUGUGUGCAGGGGGUGGGUAUACAAUUCGAGUAAUGAGUACCACAGUGAUAUGUGUGGCUUUGAGGGAGAAGUGACAAACAAAUUGGAAACACGUGGAGAGAAAAGUAGCCAAGAAGAAGCCUCCGAUGAUACAACACUUAAUGAAGCACUGAAGAGCCGAGAUAGAAUUAAAGAACUUAUCGAUAUCGACAAAACUGAAGAAGAAUUUAUUAACAGCGAAGAAACGUGUGAUGAGAAAAAGGCAGAGAAAUGUACCCUCCAAAAUGAUGAAACGUUGUUUAAUGAUACAAAUAUGAAAGACAUGGAAGAGUGUAAAUACUAUGACGAAUUUUUGCAAAGCUCUAAAUUUACAAAGUACUUCAAAGAAGGGUAUCAACUUCCGAUGGAUGUCAUUUCCAUGAAUGGUGAAGUCAUCACGGUGAAGGAGAAUUACAACCCCUUGGGACUUAACGAGUCUCUUAUCGGACUAUCCAGAAAUGAGAAAAAGAACAUAACCGCCUACCUCCCUGUGGAUCUGUUCAAGGCGCACUUUGACUCCUUCCCCCCUGUGGCGGACCAAAAGAACUGCGAAGAAAGUGCCAAGGUUAAGGACAUCGACAAGGAAAGCAUAAGCAAGUUUAGGGAAGUAAUUUACACCGAAAUUAAGAAGCUCAAGAGCCGCAGCUUCUUUCGGAAGCUGGAGGACAUUCUGAAGAGCAACCAGGGCAAGUUCUUCGACCGGGAGAAAGAAAGCGGCCAGGGAACUACCAGUGAGGCGGAAAGCGGCCAGGGAACUGCCAGUGAGGCGGAAAGCGGCCAGGGAACUGCCAGUGAAGCUACCACUGGCGAGGGGAACUGCCGAGGCGUCGCCCGACACGCCCCCGAGAUGCAGGACAUCGAAUUUAUCCUAAACGAUAACAGCCCUUUGUAUGAUGUAGACGAGACGCAGGAAGAAGACGAAGAAGAAGCGCGAUCGCAUCAGCAGUCGGAGUCGCUACAGAAACACCACAGAGGAGACGAAGCGGACCCGGAGGAAGAAGCCCAGUUCAACAAAAACUUCGACAAGUACUUAGAGGAGCUGCUCAAAGAUGAUAUCAAUUCCUUGGACGAAAAACUACACGGGAGAGGAGCAACUUCAAAGACGGAGGACAUUCUGCGUAACGUUUAUGACCCCAGUGAGUACGAGAAAUGUGAAGAAGGAAAUGCAAAAGGGGGCAUAAGUGAACAAUCGGAUGAUGAAGAAAUGCUAAAUGAUUAUAUACUUGGAAAGUGCGAUUUGGUUAAAUGCAUAUUGGAGGUACAGGUGUUGGAUAUCAAGUCGCGAAAAAAAAAUGAACAAGAUAUGAACGAUUAUGUGAAAAAAAAGUACAACAAAACGAUAGAUGAGCUUCAUGACGAAGUUGAAGAGCGAGCCAUGAAGGACAUACAAAACAAAUGCGUUGACCAGAGGAGAAUGGAAGCUUAUAAAAAAUUAAUGGAAAUCUCGUCGUUAAAUGUACCCACAACGUUGUUUCGCGCGCAAGGGAAAAUACUAUACAACAGUUAUUUGAAGAAAAAAAAAAUGCAAAGUAGCGAAAAUGAUAAAAACGAAAAAGUGUUAAGUUUUGAAGAGUUCAUCAACAAAUCACAGAAAGAAAUUUAUGAUCAAGUGAAAUUUUCGUUUAUUGUUAAAACAAUUUUCCAAAACGCCAAAUUAAAGGUAAAUUACGAUGACGUAAUAAAGGACGUGUUAAAAACGCUACUUAAAACCCCAACCAAUAAUGUGCAAUCGUUAAUAAAGAAAAUUCAUACCAUUCACCAGGCGCAGUGCGUCCUCGAUUUUGUGUCCGUAAAUGGUGACCUAUCCUUCACGACGAAUAAUAACUCGUCUGUCAAUUUUUCAGUCACCAUGAAAAAGGGAUCGAACUACACAAAGGAGGAAUUCCUGAAUGCAGACGAGGAGUUGGAGGAUGCCCAGGCAGGUCCGCGCACGGGGGAGGUAUCACCAUCGCGGAAAUCCCCCCCUUGUGAUGAAGGAAGGGGCGGAAUAAAGGACACGUGUGGAAACACACCAAAUGGUGGGGACCAAAAGGGGAAACAGAAAAUUUUUAACUUUACGGACGAAUCCAAUUUCGUAGUGGAAAACAAGAAGGAAAAUAGUGAGCAAGUGGAGCUGGAAUAUUUUACCUUUAAAAAGGGUGCGAAUUAUACCAGAUAUUUUGAAGAAAAAUAUAAAAAAAAAUGA